AAAUGCUCGUGGUGUACUCCUGAAACAAAGGCUUUGGUGGACCUCAUGACCUCACGAGUCUUUGUCCUUGCUAAAAGCGUGAUGCUGUGAAUGCAUUUCUGUUUUCGCAUCUGCCGAGGAGAGGGGUUUUGGAAAGGCCGCCAAGCCGUCUAGUAGCAGGCUUAGCGGUUCCAUUGUGCACAGACAUGAAAGCUUUUGGGGAUGGCUUCCGCAUAUUGUCAUUGUAUUGAAGGGUGGCCAAGGGUGAGAUGUAAGAUGCGCGAGUCGUUCCGAGGUGUACAAAGCAUUCUUGAUCUGUUCAAGCCUGCGCUGAGAGGUUUGCCGAGACUUCAACAUUUGAUUUUGAAGGGGUUGGGGGACGAUGGCCUAGUGUGGUUGAAAUUGCCACCGCCAAUGGCCAACACAGGAAAGGCUUUGGCCUCAUGCCGGAGACAAAUAGAGAAUGUUUUGACCAAAGGCCCACAUGUUUACAAAGUAGGGGUGACGGCAGACCCUUUGUUUCGUUUCUACAAGGAGCCGACACAUGAGUCACCGUCUCCAGGCUACUACAGGUCCCCUGACAGGUUCAAGUUCAUGGAUGUCAUUUAUGCGGCAGAGUCCUUUGACGAAGCAGCUUUAAUGGAAGCUGUUCUAAUUGAAACUUACAAAGGCAUGCCCGGAAACAGAAAUGUUCGGCCGGGUGGCGAAGGGAGACAAUGUGGGCAAGGGCCCUUUUUUACUUAUUUUGUGUUCAAAUCUGCGAUGUAAUUCGUGCCGUGCAACCUAAAAGCAAUU